AUGGACACUUUCCAAUUCGAUGUUAUCAGUUUGAGGUUUUGGCAUUUUGCUGUCACCAUCACCUUGCCGUGGUGGGUAUUUCUCUAUCUGAGGAACCGUCGCCGCAAUGGGCCCAUCCACCGAAAGCUGCCAUACAAAUGGCCGCUGGCUCUCGAUAUUUUCAAGAGCCAGUACUACGCUCUCACACGUGGAAGCUUGCUUGCCUACCAAGCAGACUAUUUCUAGAAGUUCCAGUUCGGUCACAC